GUUGUCCCCAAUAUGGCGUAUGUUCUAAUAUGUAACCUGAGAUUAGGGUAUACCACUAGUGGUUUAGAGGGACGGGCGCUAUGAGAACCGGUAGUCAUGCUAAGCUAACUCUCCUAUCCCAGAGUCAGCAAAGUGUUCUAUGAAUGGCCCACCCAAAAUGGCGACGGUAAGGGAUUUGUCAGUGCACUGAAUGUUUUGACUGGUGUAUUUCACGCGAUUGUGCGUCCAGAACUUGAUCAAUAUUUAUGUCCAUUGCAGGUGAAUCACAUUGUCUCCGUUAUCUGGCUCUUGAUCUAGUGGUGGAUUGGGGAAUUUUAUGUCCUUUUCUGCCUCGAAAUCACGACAAUAUUUGUAGACAGACGAGCAGACAGUGGUUUCUGACUGGGUCAGACCUAGAUUUGACCAACCAGCGAAAUCUACUCGUGUAAGCUUUCCCGGUUUGCCUUGGGUUGUAAGACAUGGUAUCAAAGUUCACAAGUGUUUGAUACGUAAAAACAAAGAAAAUCUGCCGGUCAUUGUGGUGGAUGAAGCGAGUUUGACCCAAAAACAUUUUCCGGAAGCUGGAGUUUCGUGAACACAGGACAUGGCUAACUGAUGAGAAACUGUCAUUGCGUCCGAGGAGUGGCUGUCGUGUGUUUUAGCUUCUUAACACAAUCAGUGUGAAUUGGGAAUCAUUAAAGAAAUAUCAUAUCUUACUCCAUUAAGUAGGAUUGUGAGAAUUGUUGUUAUAAUUCACAAAUCCUCACUUUGAGGGAAGGCUAGGCCUACAUCAUGAAGGAGUAUAAGGUAGUCGUGUUGGGGAGUGGAGGUGUGGGGAAAAGUGCUCUCACAGUCAAAUUUGUGUCCGGUAAUUUUAUGGAGAAGUAUGAUCCGACGAUUGAGGAUUUUUAUCGGAAAGAGAUCGAAGUGGAUUCAGCACCAUCUGUUUUAGAAAUAUUAGACACAGCGGGCACAGAGCAGUUUGCAUCAAUGCGUGAUUUGUAUAUAAAGAAUGGACAAGGAUUUGUGAUCGUCUACAGCAUUACCAGUCUCCAGACUUUCCAGGAUAUUAAAACAAUGAGAGAACAAAUUCAGAGAGUGAAAGGGGUGGACAAAAUACCCAUGAUUUUAGUCGGGAACAAAGCUGACUUGGAACAUCAACGUGAGGUCCCUUCUCCGGAGGGAUCGACUCUGGCUCAGUACUGGGGCUGCCCGUUUCUUGAAACAUCAGCAAAAAGUACACAAAAUGUCAAUGAAGUUUUUAUUGAAAUUGUUCGAGAGAUGAAUACAAGCCCAGUUAAGGAAAAGCAAGGCUGCUGUAGUAUACUUUGAGGGAGAAUUAUGGUCGUGACGAUCUACUCCAAAGUCACAUGAUCGAGUCAUGUGAUCACCUCAACAGUGUGCAAGAAACCCCACAAGAUGGCCGACUUGGAGCUGAAGUCAAAGUUUUGGAGUUUGGAAAUUCACCGAAGAGUGUAUUUUGUGUUGUUGCAAGUGUGAACAUAUUUAACAGACCUGUUUUGUGGCAAUAUUGACAGUGAUUACUUCCCAUGAUGUAUAAGCCAGAUGUCAUGUGUUGCUAUGGAUACAAAGAUUGUUGCCCCGGGUUAUGGCCUCAGUUACCAUGGAAACAAGAACGGAACCAUGGAACCUACCCAUUGUUAUUCUCCAUGAGGGUUAACCAAUUUCCAUUCAUUAAUAUUCCAAUGAUAUUCAUUAUCACGUCACAACAUGUCUGACUGUUUUCUAGGAAUACGUAGUCGCCAUCACCAUGUAGCUUUGUACAUGCCUGAUGGCUUAGGGAGCAUGGAGUGUCACGUAUACAUCUAGUUAACAUUUACCUUCAUUUGUACCAUUGCCAUGGAAACGUAUAUUCAUUGAUAAACAUAGUAAAUAUAGAAAUGUUCCUUCUUUCACAUGGUGGGGGCAUGGGUGGACCAGUCGUCUGAGGCACCACAAUUCGCUGUGCAGAAUUGUCCCUUGGGCCUGAUAGAGAACUAUGGGUUCUUGUUGGUUAAAAACCCGGUUCACUCCAAAUGUGCUUCUAGGUUUGUCAUCACCAUACUUGAGCUUGUGGGUUUCCCCAAAGUGACAUACGUCUGUGACCUCCAUCACUUUGGGCUUUCGUCCCACAGCUGACGCGCCGUGGUGUACUUUUUCAAAGUGGUGUUAAACCCAACUCACUCAGUCAAAUGGUGUAUAAGUUUUCAAGAUAGGAUCAACGAUACUAAUGGGUGUUAGUACUGUUCCAAGCUUUAAUCUGUAUUGAUACACCUCUCUCCAUAAGUUUUGUCAUGUUUAUUUGGGCUGCAAUAGGUUAAUUAUUACAUUCUAUUCCAAAAUUACAACUGUGCUGCAAGAAGCCACUAUGUUACUUAUAUUUUAGGUUUUUUAAUCAUCAAAAACAUCUGUGUCUAUUUCUGUUGACAGAUGUCAUUUACAUUAAGCGUGGAUGUUCUGUAGGAUUACAUAUUCGGGUAUUUUGUGGGUGGGGUAGCCUAGUGGCAAACUCAUUUACUUGUCACACCAAAGACAGGGUUCGAUUCCCCACAUGGGUACAAUGUGUGAAGCUCAUUUCUGGUGUCCCCUGCCGUGAUACGGCAUGAAUAUUGCUAUUAGUGACAUAAAAACAUACUCACUCACUCACUCAGGGUAUUUCAGUAAGGAAACAUACCGCGAUGGUCGUCAUCUGUAGGUACAUGUGUACUUGGGGACAAUAAGAUAAUAUGAAUUACGUUGUUUUGUUGUGAGGUGAGCAGGGGUGAAAAUCUACUAGUUAAUUUAUUAUGGCCCUAUCUGCAGAUCAUAUGGUUUUCCCGCUGGUACUCAUCAACCCUUCAGCUGUGGCUUACAUGGUGAAACCUCGAUAGUGAGGACCUUGUUACUUUGGCAACCCCGAUUUUCACCAAGACAAAUUAAGCAGUAUGCCAGGUACCUAGAGGAGUGGGGUUGGCACCCUCAACAGUGCUGUCUGUAAUAUCAAGGUUUCACUGUAUGGGGAGUACAUAAUUCAGGUUGAGAAUGCACUCAUGUACUCAUUUACUGAUGUAUUGAUGUACUGAUGUACUUAUGUAUUGUACUGAUGUAUUGAUUUACUGAUGUAUUGAUAUACUGAUGUAUUGAUGUACUCAUGUAUUGAUUUACUGAUGUACUGAUAUACUGUUGUAUUGAUGCAUUGAUGUACUGAUGUAUUGAAGUAUUGAUGUACUGAUGUAUUAAUGUACUGAUGUACUGAUGUACUGAUAUAUUGAUUUGCUGAUUUACUGAUGUAUUGAUUUACUGAUGUAUUGAUGUACUGAUGUAUUGAUUUACUGAUGUACUCAUGUAUUGAUGUACUCAUGUAUUGAUGUACUAAUGUACUCAUGUAUUGAUGUACUAAUGUACUCAUGUAUUGAUGUACUGAUGUACUCAUGUAUUGUGUUCCCAUCAUAGACAUGAACAUGAAACCUGUAUUUGAAAAUAAUAUUUUGUUAUCCGUGGUUAUCCAUUAUUGUGCAAACAUUAUGAACAAAUAUGAUUACACAUACCAUAUCAUUGUCACAAUAUGUAGAUACAGAAUUGACAAAAAGUAAAACCUGUCAUGUUUACGAGCUGUUCCAUCUUUAAGGACCCAAGCCAUACAGAUCUGGUUUAGUUGGAAUAAGUUUAUCACCUCUGAUCCUAUACACCGGUAAAUAACAUUUACAUUUUUCUUAAAACGUAGCAUUCAUGACCCUAUUAUAUGAUAAGUGUAACAUGGUACAAAGUGGCACAUCAGUACCUGAGUGAAUGGUUACCAUGGUUACAGAUAUAUCCCACUCAUAUUCAUUUGGUUAAUUAAAUGACAUUUAUCACAGAGAAUGUCUAAGAAAAGUUUGACCUGACUCCUGUCCUUGGGGCAGGGUCUGAGUGUAUACUUCUCAUUUUUUUAUAGGAAUAAUCAGAUAAUGGCAUUCAAUUUAAAAAUAUACUUGACUUAAUUAUGGAAUGGGUUUUCUGUAUAGUAGAAGGACAAAAGUAUCUCUAUCGAAAAGUGGAGUAGAAUUGUAUUGGAGGAGAUUGUGUUUGUAAACUGACACUAGACUCCAUGGCCACGGGGUUGUGUUUAGAUGAGCACUGUGUUGUGUAGUUGUGGUGGCUCUGACAGUCAUUCAACAGCAGUGGAAGAACAUUUAGAACAUGGCAGCAGAUGGACACUACUGGUUGACAAUAGGGCUGGAAGGUAACUCGGGUACUCGGGUUGGGUGGGUACUGACUUGGACCUGGGUAUUCCGGUGGGUACCCAGGUCCUAGUCAGUACUGACCCGACCUGACCCGACCUGACCCGACCCGACCUGACCUCACCCGACCCGUGAUUAGUCACGGGAUUAUAUUGUAUAUUGGCCAAAAUUGUCUAGAACUCUAUAGUUACACUGUAAGUGACAAAUGUUCACAUUUCUUUCUGACUAUGCACAGAUUCCCUCUCACUUUAUAUGUUUGCAUAAGGUAAAACUUCAAUUUAUCUGUAAAUCUGUAUUUAACAUGUUAAAAAUUUCCUCAGAAUUUACGAAAAUAUGAACUGUAAUAAAAUCAAAUUUUGGAAUCUCAGAUAAAUCUGUGAGUUAAGCCACAUGCAGUCCAAGUCGAGUAAAACAUGGUAUUGUAGAUAAGCAGGUAGUGAUCACAGGUAUAACAGUAAUGUAAAACAACUUCCUGUAUGCACAAGGCUGUCAAACAGAUAGACAGAUACUGUCCCUCAAAAAAAUCCCCCCGAAAUCCAACAGAUAGGCAAUUAACAGUCCAACAGAUAGGCAAAUAACAGUCCGUCACAUAAGCAGAAGUUAGUCCAACAGAUAGGCAAAUAACAGUCAUUCACAUAAGCAGAAGUUAGUCCAACAGAUUAAUUAAUUGGCCAUCAGAUAAGCAAGAGUUUGUCCCACAGAUAGGCAAAUAACAGUCCAUCAAAUAGCAAACGUAUCCAGCAGAUAGACAAACUGACAUGAUCACCAGUAUUAAGCAGAUAUUAUGACAAAACUUGAAACAUUAUGCAGACUGCCAGAAACAGAUGAGCAGGAUAGAUAAGCAGUGAGAAGCUUAACAGACCUUGUGCACUGCUCUGAUAAGUCCUGCUACACCCUUGAGUAAGCAAAGCAGGAUAAGCAGAGGCAAUGUAAUUCAUAAGGAAGUCGCCAUGGCAAUUGCUUCGCAGGUGCCUGUUUGUGUUGAAUGACUGUCAGGGGUAGCCAAUAUGAACAUUAAUACCUUGAAAUGUGUUUCAUUGUGUGCUGGGUUUGAAAUAUCUCUAACGCUGAAAUGGUCAGAACGUCUUACUGUGCCACCCACAGAGUAGAUCCUAACACUGACUACGUUUACCUAUACAUGGACAGGCCUAAGGAUAGUUUGCAAUUCUAGUGUUACAAUUUGGAAUUGAUUGAACACCGAUUUGUUGUUCGAAAAGGGAUUUGAAAAUUUCAGAAAUGUUGUGUAUGUGUCGCUAAUGUAUACUGAACAAAAAUAGUUAGGGAUCAUGAAUAUUUUUGGGGUAUUUUUAAGAAAUUGUGUGCUCAGUCACUGCAAAAAAAAUAUCCCCAUAAAUAUUCAUGAUCCCUAACCUUUUUUGUUCAGUAUAGGUAAUUUAGGCUUUAGCUGGACACAGUACUACUGGAUGAUAUUGUUCUGCCUCGCUAUGGGUUAAGUCUUAACACUGAUUGUACAGACACCAACCCCCA